CGUCUGUCCUUCCCUAUUGUGAGGUUGUUUCUUUCUGCUUAACACGUAAAUGAUGUGCUUGGUUUUGCCACUUGUAUGCUGGUGUAGUCUUUUCUUCUUUCCAGUUCUCCGUGGUGGAGAGGAGGUCUAGAUGCUCAGGUCCUUUCUGUUGGUGGCACCUGGAAAUGUCCUCCCAGAUCAUAUUCUUCGUUAAUGUUUCAAUCAAUGUUGUUGUCCUGAUUGUACACAAUUUAAAUGUACAUUGUUGCUAAAUUUUGUAUAGACGACCUCUAUUGUAUAUCUGCUUAGCAUGAUUUAUUUACAAAUGUAGUGGUUUGCGGCGCCCCUCAGUGGACAGUCACUGCUCCAAAUGCUUUUAUAAAACCGAAAGUCGAUCCAAAAUUAAGCUUCAGAUUUUGAGAUUUCCAUUUUUUUGUUAUACAUGGGGGGGUUAUCAAAAUCAUAUGCCAUUUGACUGUCAAUUUUUUAUGUCUGCUAAAAAAUAUUCAUUUCUGACAACUCUGGCGCAUGCGUCGUGGAUUCCCAGGGAUUGGACCUCGAAACCCGGAACUACUGUGUGAAGGUCUUCGGCAAUGUUUGGGGCUUAGAUAACAGUUUUUCGUUGUAGGUCCAAAGUUGGUGUGAAAAUGGGUGUGAAAAUAGAGAUUUUCAGAAUGAUGCUGUAUCUAUCAUUUCCUGUGACCAUGUUCUGGAUCUCUAAUCAAGCAGAAUACUUUGAGGAAUACGUAGUAAAGAGAAAGAGGGAGAUCUUCCCCCCUAACGAGGCACUGCAUAGGAAAGAGUUGGAGGACUUUAAAGAGCGAAUGCGCGUUCGCAAGGAGAAAAGAUUAUUAAAAAAUAUUUCUGCGGAAUCUGAGAAUUGAGGAUUAUAUGUUGGAAAAAUGAACGAGUUCCCAGCACCAAUACAGGAUUUUUCGGAACUGUCUUUUGAGCAAACGAAAACUGAUUGGACUGGAGUAAGACCGCAUCACAUUGGAAGUCUCUGUGAAGUUAACAGUGCUGGAGGGUUUCCAGGAAGUAGUUAUACCUACUAAGCUUAAUGUUUUGUUUAAUAAAUGUUCAAGUGACAGAAUUCUUGUAUUUAAAUGCCUGAUCAGUUGAGUUGCUCCGAUUGUGUCAUAAUAAAAUACUUUUUUGAAUAACAUA